CACGGGGCAUGGGGAUCGAUCGCUCGAUCGCCCAUUAGCCACACCCGUUGGAUCAGAUUCAAUCAGACGUUCAGUUUUUCUUCUUUCUUUUUUUUUUUCUCGAGAAAAUAUCCACAGUCAUCGUUGUCUCCUCCGGUCUCCCCUUUCCCCCAGCCGCCGUCUUAGGCGCUGCGCCACCCGGAAUCCCGGAGCCACCGCCGCGCGCACCCUGAUCUCGGGUGGCACCGAACCUUCAGCCGCCGCCACCGACGAGGAACGGCUGCCCAGAGCCUCCAGGGAUUCGACGUUCAAUCUUUGCAAUCUCCUCCUCCAGCCACACCGCCGAAGUCUCCGUGUCGGUUUUCUUCCCUUCCCUGACAUGAGGUAGGUGUUAUAAGUGGAGCCAGGAGCCUUUGAAUCUUUGCAAGUAUUCAAGCAGAAGCAGACAUUGGAUCUCAAUCUGCACCAAUGGAGGCCUGUAGCAUAGCCAGGAUUAUCAACUUAGGGGAUCUAGCUAUGCGCCCGAAAAAAUUGUGCCGUCUACUCAUCAAACUCUUAUCAGAUCUCCUGCUGAAAGAAUCCGGAAAAUAUGAAUAUGUGCAUCCACCUCCUAUGGAGACUCAAGCGGCAGAUUUACCGGAGCUUUCACAGGAUAUGCUGAUGGAGAUCUUUGCCCUCCUGGAGAUCCCUGACCUUGUUCGUGCGGGAUCUGUCUGCCAAUCCUGGCGUUCUGCCUACACCAGCCUACGCGACAUGGGGCAGUACAAGCAGCAGACUCCCUGCCUGCUCUACACCACUGAAUCCUCAGGCGAGAAGGUUUCAUGCCUCUACAGUCUUGUGGAGAAGAGGGCCUUCAGGUUAACUCUCCCAGGGACGCCGCUGCACAAAAGACUGCCGAUUGGAUCCUCACAUGGUUGGGUGGUUACUGCUGAUGAGUUAUCCGAGCUUCAUCUUGUCAAUCCAAUCACCGGACAACAGAUUGCCCUCCCACCGGUGAUCACCAUUGAGCAGGUGAAGCCCAUCUUCAAUGACAUUGGUGUUGUCCAAGGCUACAAGAUCGGAUGGUACUGUGCAGAGAAAGAUUAUGGAGAUCCGUAUGGAGAGCCGUCGCCAAUCCUUACUCCCAGUGAGCUGCGUGACCACCUAUACUACAAGGCAUUUGUGUUUCCUGAUCCCUUGACUAGAAGCUUCAUUGUGGUGGUCAUCCACUAUCCAUUUUGUCAACUUUCCUUUGCAAGAGUAGGAGAUGAUAAAUGGACCUGGUUACCCCACAACACUCGCUACAGAGAUUGUGUAUACCAUGAUGGUCUGUUGUAUGCAUUGACAUCACAUGGACAGAUCGAUGCCUUUGAUAUCACAGCCUCCGUUGUCACUAGGAAGGAAAUUAUUAAACACAUGAAAGGUAUUUCUGAGAGCAUGUACAUUAUUCGAGCUCCAUGGGGUGAUCUUCUGCAAGUUUGGAGGACAGUGGAUGCUGCAGAGCAGCAGGAUGGGGAUGACGAUACUUUAUGUUAUGAGACUGAGGAUGGUAUAGUGCCUGUAAUGCGUACUAAAGAAAUCAAGGUUUUUAAAGUUGACAUGGCAGCAAAUAAGCUUGUGCAAAUAAACAGCUUGCCAUACCAUGUGUUGUUUCUUGGUCACAACCAGUCGAUUUGUCUUAGAGCUGAAGAAUACCCACAAUUAAGAGCAAAUCAUGUCUACUUCACUGACGACCAUGUGGACUUGCUGAUGCUAAUUAAAAAUGGCCCCCGUGAUAUUGGAGUUUUUGACUUGGAGAAUCGCAGAAGGAAGAAAACUAUAUCACCGAUCUGGUCUAGCUGGCCUAGUCCCGUAUGGAUAACACCAAGUAUUGCUAAAGCUGAUGGGUGGUGUGUGCCGUGUGGCGUGGGGACGCCGGUGAUGGGAGGUAGGGAGCUAGCGAGGAGAGAAGGAGGGCUGAUGGCAUGUAGUCUCACCUAAUAACUUUUAGUGAUGAAUGAUUUAUUUUUGUGAAAGAAGAAAAAAUGAUAUGACAAGUGAGACCACUGCUAUGUAAGCACCACCUAAGCCCAAAAGACCAUGUAAACCGCCAAAGAAUGUAUAUAUCAAUGUGGUUUUAAAAGUUCGAGGUUUUAUAUCUUGUAUUGUGGUUGAGGGAUUUGAUGUAAAAAUGAGGAAUGUAAAGCAAACUUAUUCCUUUUUACUAAGGCCCUGUUUAGUUCCCAUGUAAAAACUUUUCAUCCCGUCACAAUGAAUGUUUGGACA